AUGAAGGAUCCGAUUUAUCCUAAAUUAUCAUUUGACUGUCUUAAUGAAAUCUUUAAACAUCUUAAAAAUGAACGUGUGACAUUAUAUUCCUGCCUUUUUGCAAACAGCGGUUUAUGCAAGAUUUCAGUGUCUUUAUUGUGGUUUCAUCCUUUUGAAUACCUCCUUAAGGACAACCAAUAUCAUGCUCUGAUUAGAACGUUAUAUUGUUGCUUGAGCGAAAGUGAUAAGCAAGAAGCUCACUCUAAGGGAAUUUCACUUCCCUCAAAUUUAAUUACUCCGUUAUUUGAUUACGCUAGGUUUAUUAGGGGACUGGACACAAAAAAUUUUCAUCUUGCUCAAAUGGCUUGGAAACGUCGAAGCAACUCUACCAUGACCAUGGACCAAAUAAAUUAUGUUAUUGGAAACCUGAUUUUACAGCGCUCCGAUAGCUUGAGAAUUCUUGUAAUCGAUCACAAACUUGGUUUUUCUAUGAAUGAACGUCACUGUACUCCGUAUAUUUUUUUCUUCAGAGUCAAGAACGCUUUUUCAAACAUUCAAGAAUUAACAAUUCGAUUCCAUAGAGAAUCCACUUUAGUUAGCACGUCUGCAUAUACUAUACGUAACUUGUCAAGCCUUAUCAAUAUAAUCUCUUCUCAGGCACAGAGUAUUAAAAAGCUAAGUGCAUACAUGGACUUUUGUUUUAUCAAGGAAUCGUCGUUAACGGAAUUUAACGACAAUCUAUUAGGUUUAAUAAGCAAACAAAGGAAUCUCAUUCAUCUAAGUUUACUUGGGGAGCAUUGUUUUGCAUUUUUCUGCUUGAUGACUAAACGCACCUCAAUUCAACCAAAUGUCUUUAAACAUUUAUCAAUUUCAAACAUCGAAGACACUCGAACUUUCUUACAUGGUCUAAGUACUUGUCAGAACCUGGAAACAUUAGAUAUUCAUGACAAACUUCCCUCCGAGAUCCCUUAUUCUUCGAUGGUUUCGGAGAAUUUUCCUUCGAUUCACAUCAAGCACCUGAACUUAUUCCUUGCCUUUAACUUUAAGACAUUAACAAAGAUGCUUCUCAGGCUAUCAGGCCAUCGAUUAAUUUCAAUUAGACUAAGAUAUACAAAUUCGGAAAUAAUUGAUUAUAUACGAGAUUAUUCGAACCAAUUAAAAUUUUUAUCUAUAGGAUUCUCCUCUGAUGAAGCUAUCUCAAUUUCCAAUAUGCUCCCAAAGUUAAGAUCGCUUGAUCAUUUGGAUUUGGUGUAUUUUAAUUUUCCUCGAGAAAUUAGAGACAGCAGUAUCGAAGGAAUGGAAAAAAGUGGUCUGGAAAUUUUGGCCAAUUCAUUUCCUUCUAAUUUGAACAUUCUGGGAUUAGACAUGAUUUUUCCGACAAAUAAGAUGAUCUUGGAUACCAUUCUUGAAAAUGUGCAAAUUCCCCUCAAAAAAUUGAACAUAUACAACACGAUGACUGUUGAAAUUUCUCACACCAUUAUUAAUUAUGUUGAAAGGAUCGGUGGAUUAAAAAAAUUAGGAAUAAAUGAUAAGAAAUUCAAAGAAAAAUGGGGAGGCCAUCGGUUAAUCGAGUCUGUUAGCGAAGCUGAUCACAUCAUUCAUUUUUUAUGA